CUCAAGGGCCCCUUUGGCAUCCCCAUUCUUCCACGGCACCACCCACAGGCUUGGCCUCUGACGGCUGACAGACGCACUCACGCACACCAUCGGGUGUGGUAAAGAUGAGAAAGCCUGGUAAGAGAUGCAAGGAGACGGAUGCACAUUACUACUGGAAUAGUUCGGAUGUGCGCGACAGGUAUUUCUUCAAGGUUUUGACGGGUGAUUUCCGUGAACGAUUGGGCAUCCCUGAUAAGUUCGUGCAACAUAUUAGAGGGAAAAUAGCAAAAACUGUUAAGCUAGAAUCACGCACCGGGUGCACUUUUGAUGUUGAAGUAACUGAGAGUUUGGGCAAAGUAGUUCUUCAAACUGGAUGGAAAGCAUUUGUUUGUGCCCAUGACUUGAAAAUGUGGGACUUCUUGGUAUUCAAGUACAAUGGGAGUCCCCGAUUGAAGGUUUUGAUCUUUGAUCUUAGUUGUUGCGAGAAAGUGCCUCCAUGUCAUACCCGUGAUAGAGGUAAGGGGGAAGAACAAAUUGAGAAUUCAAGAAGCUGUGAUGAUUUUCCCAUGAAAUCACCUGGUAGUAAAAGGAAAGCUUGGAAGCAAAGGGAGGGAAGUAUGAAUGUCAACACCAGUUCAACCUCCCUAUCGGACUCAUCAGGAGGUUCUAUGUCUUCAGAACAUCAGAAAUCACAUUCUGUUCCAAGUUACAUCCUCCCACAGCGAACCUAUCUCACCUGUGUGCAGAAGAAGAAACUGAAAGAGAAAGUCCAGGCUAUAUGUUCCAAAACCCCAAUCUACGGAUGUGUCAUGAAGAAGACCAGUAUUGAGGGAAAACCUCAAAUUAUGGACAUAUCAAGAAAAUAUGCUGAUGUAUAUCUUCCAUUUGAUCACCAAACACUGUUGCUUCAACACCGUGGCAAGAGUUGGGAAGUGCGGUGUCAAAUUCAAAAGAGCAAGAGCAAUUUACGAUCCAAAAGGCUUUUGAAAGGGUGGAAACAAUUUGCACGUGACAACAAUUUGCAGGUGGGAGAUCUCUGCCUCUUCGAGCUACUGGAAGACAGGGAGUACACGAUGAAUGUGGAUAUCAUUGGACCAAAAUGAAAUUUGACAUGCGGCUAAUUACAGUAUUGGUGCCAUAGUUUGCAAUGGGUGGCAAUGCUGCUUUUGUGGUCUGGCAUGCAUCUAACUUACAUUGCUGAUUCCUGGCCCGUCCAUCCCCUGAUUGGGUGUUUGCUUAACUCAUGUUUGCCAAGCUCAGACGGGCCCAGCUGCACUCCAUGUAUGUUUUUGAUUCUGUUGUCAUGCAAUUAGCUACAGUAACAAGUAUGGCUGACCUCUGAUGCUUAGAUUCCUUUUGGCCUCUAAUGUUGCAUCGUGAUUCAUGAAGCCAUGACCUUGGUUGUAAAAGAUACGGGGUUUCCUGCAAAUAAAGUUCGGUUGCGGUUCCAUUCCCAUAA